GGAGAAAUACGCACGAACCCUAGCCGCCGCCCCACCCGCAUCCGUCCUCCAUCCCUGGUACGAGCUCUGCCCUGCCUCAUUAGUGCCCUCCCCAACUUUAACUUUCCUCCCUUGUUCGCUAAAGAAAGAGGCGAAGUCCAUCAGCAAGGGGGUAGACUCCAGGAAAGGGAAUUCCUCAACCAUACUGCCUUUUCAUGGAUCAUUCCAGCUGAGGAUUAAGGAGAGAAAUUAACCGCAUCCCGGGGCCGCGCGCGAGUGUGAUGCGCGCAGCUUGCCGGCGGCGAUGUAUUUGCCGUGGCUGGACCUCCCCUUCACCUUCCUCACGCUGCUCCUGGCCACCCGCCUGGCGUACGACUACUACGGCGUCGUCGCCGCCACCUUCGCCGGCAGCUUCGCGCUCCAGAUCUUCCUCUUCUACUGCUUCGCGCGCUGGUACCGCCACACCAUGGGCGCCCGCGCCGAGCUGCUCCCCUCGUCGACGACGUCGCAGCAGCGCGACGAGGGGUCCCCGCCCGUCCUGACCCCGCUGCUGGAGGCGUCGAGCGGGGCCGGCGCCGCCGCGGCCGCGGGGGCCCUGCUGGCCAACCGGUGCCUGGCCUUCGUGUUCAUGGUGUUCGUCCCGCUCAUCAUCGUCGUCUUCGAGCGGAGCCAGGCGGACGUCGUCGCCUACGCGCUCUGCCUCGCCAACAUACUCGUCAUGGUCGUCUGGCUCUCGCCGGAGGCGCCCGGCUCCAUGUCGGCCACCAAGUCCUUCCUGGGGCUCAGCGACGACGAGGACGAGGAGAGCGGCGGCGCCGAGGACAAGUGCUGCGUCUGCCUCGCCGGCAUGCGGGAGGAGCAGGCCCUCCGGGACCUGCCGCGGUGCGGGCACCGGUUCCAUGAGAAGUGCAUCGGCAAGUGGCUCAAGACCGGGCACCCGACAUGCCCCGUGUGCCGGGCGCUGGUCUUGCCGCCGCCGGCCGUGCACGCGGACCCGUUCGACGACUCUGUUAGCCCCGUCUAGCUCUGUUUCUCCCCUGCAUCCAGUCUAACAAUCAUUCCCAUAGAAAAUCAGACCCCUAUUCAGCAUCAGACGCUGGAAAUGGUGAAUUGCUGGGUAAUUUGCUACUCUCUCUUCUUGAUAAUGCGUAGUUGUCUGAACAAAUGUUCGACUGUAGCCUGUAAAUAAGGACUGUACAUUUUUCCUUUUUACUCUGAAGGUUGAGAUGACGGAGUCUUGCAUGUUUUUGUGAAAGGUGGAGUGAUUUACCAUUCUGUUCAAACGCUGCCAAUGGUGAAUUGUUGAUGAUGUGUAGUUCUGAACGAACUUGGUUAUAUCGACGGGCAAUGUUCAGUUGUAA